UUAGGUGCGGGUCUGCGAGGGCCUGGACUUGGGGUUGGGGAGCGUGGAUGCCGCUAGUUACAUUGUGGGCGUGGAGGCUCGGUGGCUCUGUGGAGGUGAGGGCGGGUUCAUUGGUGGCAUGGCGGGACGUGGGUUGGCUGUUUGUGCGGGCGCGAAUGUUUGUUUUUCUUAUUGGGAUGGCAUUGAGACUGUGGAGAUGGAUACAGGAAUCAAUGAUUCUCUUGGGCUCGCGGUGGUUUGUUUGCCUUGUCACUGCUACUUGCUAUGGUUUGUUAUACGUACGGCGUGGGAGUACUUCAUGUCUGGGUAGCUGGGCGUACUUCGUGAGGGAGAUGGUCCGUAUAUAAUUAGCGAUAAAUUGUUAGAAGGGCACGAGAAGAAUUAAAAUAGUACCAAAGUA